AAUGCGCGUCCGGUGAAGGUGCAGGCCGGGCGCCGCCGCCGCCGCCGCCGCCGCGGUCGGGAGAUGGUUCGGGCCUAGCGGAGCGGGGACUGGAGCAACAUGAACCGUGAAGACCGAAAUGUGCUGCGCAUGAAAGAAAGGGAAAGGCGGAAUCAGGAAAUUCAGCAGGGUGAAGACGCCUUCCCACCUAGUUCUCCUCUCUUUGCUGAGCCGUACAAAGUUACUAGCAAAGAAGAUAAGUUAUCAAGUCGGAUUCAGAGUAUGCUUGGAAACUACGAUGAGAUGAAGGAUUACAUCGGAGACAGAUCUAUACCAAAGCUUGUUGCAAUCCCCAAGCCUGCAGUACCAACGACAACAGACGAGAAAGCAAACCCAAAUUUUUUUGAACAGAGACAUGGAGGAUCUCAUCAGAGUAGCAAAUGGACUCCUGUAGGACCUGCCCCCAGCACCUCUCAGUCUCAGAAACGCUCCUCUGGCUUGCAGAGUGGACACAGUAGCCAGCGGAGCAGUGCAGGUGGGAGUGGUGCUAGUAGUAGUGGCCAGAGGCAUGACCGUGACUCCUACAGCAGUAGCAGGAAAAAAGGCCAGCACGGGUCAGAGCACUCCAAAUCUCGAUCCUCAAGCCCUGGAAAACCCCAGGCUGUUUCUUCAUUAAGUUCUAGUCAUUCCAGGUCUCAUGGGAAUGAUCACCAUAGCAAGGAACAUCAGCGCUCCAAAUCACCUCGGGACCCUGAUGCCAACUGGGAUUCUCCUUCCCGAGUACCUUUUUCAAGUGGGCAACAUUCAAGUCAGUCUUUCCCACCUUCUUUGAUGUCAAAAUCUAGUUCAAUGUUACAGAAACCCACUGCCUAUGUACGGCCCAUGGAUGGACAGGAGUCUGUGGAACCAAAGCUGUCCUCUGAGCACUACAGCGGCCAGUCUCAUGGUAAUAACAUGACUGAGCUGAAGUCCAGUAGCAAAGCACAUCUCACCAAGCUGAAAAUACCUUCCCGACCUUUGGAUGCAUCAGUUUCUGGUGAUGUAAGCUGUGUGGAUGAAAUACUUAAAGAGAUGACGCAUUCAUGGCCUCCCCCUCUAACGGCUAUUCAUACACCAUGCAAAACAGAACCUUCCAAAUUUCCUUUUCCAACUAAGGAGUCUCAGCAGUCUAACUUUGGCCCUGGGGAACAAAAAAGAUACAGUACUUCUGCUAAAACGUCAAAUGGACACCAGUCAAAAUCUAUGUUAAAAGAUGACUUAAAACUAAGCAGCAGUGAGGACAGCGAUGGGGAGCAGGAUUGUGAUAAGACAAUGCCAAGGAGUACACCAGGAAGUAACUCUGAGCCUUCACACCAUAAUAGUGAGGGAGCAGAUAACUCCAGGGACGACUCGAGCAGCCACAGUGGAUCUGAGAGCAGCUCUGGGUCUGACUCGGAGAGCGAAAGCAGCUCCAGUGACAGUGAAGCGAAUGAGCCAUCCCAGAGCGCAUCUCCUGAGCCUGAACCACCACCAACAAACAAGUGGCAGCUUGAUAACUGGCUGAACAAAGUGAACCCACAUAAAGUAUCCCCAGCUUCCUCCGUAGACAGCAACAUCCCAUCAUCUCAAGCCUACAAGAAAGAAGGCCGGGAACAGGGCACGACCAGUAACUACACGGAUCCAGGGGGCCCGAAAGAAACGAGCUCUGCCACCCCAAGUCGAGACUCUAAAACCAUCCAAAAGGGAUCAGAAAGUGGCCGUGGGAGGCAGAAGUCUCCUGCACAGAGUGACAGCACCACACAGAGGAGAACUGUCGGCAAAAAACAACCCAAAAAACCUGAGAAGACAGCUGCUGAAGAGCCCCGCGGAGGCCUGAAGAUAGAAAGUGAGACCCCUGUGGACAUGGCUGCCAGCAUGCCCUCCAGCAGGCACAAAGCAGCCACCAAGGGCUCACGGAAACCCAACAUUAAAAAGGAGUCGAAAUCUUCCCCUCGACCUACAGCAGAGAAAAAGAAAUACAAGUCAGCAAGUAAAUCCUCCCAGAAAUCUCGGGAAAUCAUAGAAACAGAUACCUCAUCCUCAGAUUCAGAUGAGAGUGAGAGUCUCCCUCCCUCCUCACAGACUCCUAAGUACCCUGAGAGCAAUAGGACUCCUGUCAAACCCUCCUCAGUGGAGGAAGAAGAUAGCUUUUUCCGGCAACGCAUGUUCUCUCCUAUGGAAGAGAAGGAGCUCCUUUCCCCACUCAGUGAGCCUGAUGACAGGUAUCCACUUAUUGUGAAGAUCGACCUGAAUCUUUUGACUAGAAUACCUGGGAAGCCUUACAAAGAAACAGAGCCACCCAAGGGGGAAAAGAAAAAUGUUCCAGAAAAACACUCGAGAGAGGUGCAGAAGCAAGCCUCAGAAAAAGCUUCCAACAAAGGCAAGAGGAAACACAAGAAUGAUGAUGAUAACCGAGCCAGUGAGAGCAAAAAACCCAAAAUGGAGGACAAGAACUCAUCAGGCCACAAGCCAUCCAGCAACAGAGAGUCAUCUAAGCAGAGUAGUACAAAAGAAAAGGAUUUGCUACCUUCACCUGCUGGGCCUGUUCCUUCAAAAGAUUCAAAAACAGAGCAUGGCUCUCGGAAAAGGACUGUGAGUCAGUCGUCGUCCUUAAAGUCCAGCAGUACCAGUAACAAAGAGAACAGUGGCAGCAGCAAGAACAGCUCCUCCACGGCAAAACAGAAGAAGACUGAAGGGAAGGUUCCCAGCAGCUCCAAAGAGGCCAAGGAGAAGGCUCCAAAUAGCUCCUCUAAUUGUCCUCCGUCCACACCAACUCCUGAUUCCUCGAAGCCUCGGAGAACAAAGCUUGCCUUUGAUGACAGAAAUUAUUCAGCAGACCAUUAUUUACAAGAAGCAAAAAAACUCAAACACAAUGCAGAUGCUUUGUCUGAUAGGUUUGAGAAGGCUGUGUACUACCUUGAUGCUGUGGUGUCUUUUAUUGAGUGUGGGAAUGCAUUAGAGAAGAACGCUCAGGAAUCCAAGUCCCCAUUCCCUAUGUACUCAGACACGGUGGAGCUCAUUAAAUACACUAUGAAACUAAAAAAUUAUUUGGCACCAGAUGCUACAGCUGCAGACAAGAGACUCACAGUACUUUGCCUGAGAUGCCAGUCAUUGUUGUACCUGAGGCUGUUCAAACUGAAGAAGGAGAACGCUCUGAAGUACUCCAAGACGCUGACUGAACACCUGAAGAAUUCUUACAGUAAUUCUCAAGCACCUUCACCUGGCUUGGGGAGCAAAGCUGUUGGGAUGCCCUCUCCUGUUUCUCCAAAGCUGUCACCAGGCAAUUCUGGAAGUUACUCUUCUGGGGGAAGUAGUGCUUCAGCAAGUGGUUCUUCGGUGACCAUUCCACAGAAAAUCCACCAGAUGGCAGCAAGCUAUGUCCAGGUUACAUCCAACUUCCUCUAUGCCACAGAAAUUUGGGACCAAGCUGAACAGCUUUCCAAAGAACAGAAAGAAUUCUUUGCUGAACUGGACAAAGUGAUGGGCCCUCUCAUCUUUAAUGCAAGCAUCAUGACAGAUCUGGCUCGUUACACCCGGCAGGGACUACAUUGGCUUCGGCAGGAUGCCAAGCUGAUAUCUUGAACUGAACAUACUCUCGUUGCCUCUGAUUUUUUCCACAACACUGUGUCACAUCACAAAGGAAAACUGCCAUAACACACCACCUAGUCGACACUAAGAAUGAGGAAUGGUUUUCUCCUCUCUGGUUUAUGUUGUUGUUUCUAUAACCCAAAGCUAUCAUAUCAAUUGUCCCUUUCAAUAUUCCCAAUGUGACAAGUAUUUAAAUGCUUCUAAACCUGCAGUACAUCAGCAAGAUGGUUUUAGUAAUUGGAAUUCCAGUUGCAAUUCAUAAAUAAUCAAGUAAAAUUCUAUUUAUUUUCCUUUUUUCAAGUUCCCAGAUUGGAGCUUGUUUAAAGCUUAGUAUUUCUGCCUAUAAAUUUAUUCUGUUGAAUAUUUAGCAUAAAUUUAAUGUAGGCAUUUUAUUUAUAUAUUUUGGGAGCUGUGUUACUUAAUGUCUUCUAAGAUAAGAGUUGGCUUGUCCAAGACAGGACUUGUUCUUUCUACAGCUACUCACCUAUGUUCUUUUAAGUCUUACUACAGUCUUAUUAUUGUAGGAUUAUGCUUGGUAUUAAGGAUGCUCUUCCACAUGUGAAAAGUCAUUUAAACAUGAGAAGAUGGCAUUCUACAUGGGUGCAGGAAUGGAGUGGGUCUGGUUUGGUAUGCAUUAUUUCAAAACUGUGAAUGUCUGUUAGUAACACUAGCAAUCACAAGGUGACUACAUUGCAUCUAAUGCAUUACAAAAAAGCAGAUAGAUUUGCUGGGGAAGCACAUGAUACUGAAUGGCUUCAUAAAGGACAAUCUUAAACUAUGAGUUUAUUAAAACCUUAUAUUCUUUUUUGUUUCACUCAUUUGACACUUGAUUGAAAACAGAGUAAGUUACUCCUAAAAACAGUGAUCCAGUUUCUGAAGGCUGCAGCCUGUAUUCACUGAUAAUGUUUGAAGGUUAAAGUCUGGAUUUCCCCUAUGGUGGAGAGACUGUAAUGCUCAGAUAUGACAGUCCAGUAACUGGAUCUUGAAAGGAGGUGUCCCAAUGCCUAAUGUGGAGAUAAUGAAUUUCUCUUUCCAAAGAUCCUCAUCAAUGAUGUAUGCUUUUGACAGGAUCAGAAAACUCACAGUAGCAGCUGGGCAUGGUUGUGUGUAUCUGUAAUCCCAGCACUUGGGAGUGAUGACAAGAGGGUCAGGAGGUCAGAAUCAUCCUCAAGCUACAUAAAGCUAGACAGUGAGUUUGGGGCUAGCCUGAGCUACAUGAUCCUUUGUCACAUCGAAGAUAGAAAGAAAAUUUAUACUAGAAAAGUACCUAACUUGGCUCAAUGUGAGCUUUCUUGGAAAGGGGGAAAUAAUAGGGGUAGUGCUUAGGAAGCCAGCUCUGUAACAAUUCCUUAUCAAACUACUGUUCCCGACCGACAAGGUGCGUAUAGCAGUGAAGGGCGAGGAAUGUCUCUCUUCCUCUAUACUUCUUUUUAGUGACCCCGUCAUGUCUGGUGUGCCUUAAAUCUUAACUUUAAAUGAUAACUCUAUGGAUUGUUUACAGAUAAAGUUUUAUGCUGGGACCAGAUUAGCCAUUCAUGGUUGGUCCUCUACAAUAAUAAUUUCAAUUUCUCUUUGAUUUUAAAUUUUCCUUUAGAGUCACAUUAAGAUAGAUUCCUUCAGAAAAGCUAAUACUUUGGUACCUGACUUAGUGUAAUCAAUUGGGUAUAAUGCUGCUUCAAAAAAUGACUUUUCCUUCUCAUUCCAAAAAUCCAUCCAAUUAGGGAGAAAAAUCCCCUAUUAUUAGCAGAUGAUUGUUCAAACUUGAAUGGACAGGGGAAGACGGACAGAGAUCUUGACUGCAGUGGUGUCGCGAAUCCUCUCCGACCCUCCUUCACCACCUGUUUCUGAAGAUUAGUGAACUUUGUCCUGCAGUCUCAUAUCUACAGAGCUUAACUGCUUUGUGUCUCAUUAUUUUUACAUAGUGUUGAAGGUUGAUACCUAGAGCUUAUGCUGAAUUUAACAUUUUUCCCUUGGAGAAAUUGCCUCUGUACCUUUCUAGUUUAAUCGUAGUGUACUUAAGGAAGAAUUCUUCAGAGGCCAUCGUUUUCUCUCUCGUGCUAGUGACCUCCGUGGACUGUGCGUCCUGUCCUUGCUCCUCUCUCACUCUGGCUCCUUCACUUCAGGGAGGCCUUAGCAGUAGAAAAAGCACCCUCCUUCUAUGCUUUCAGCCCUGAGCAGCCGCAGGGCUGGGGCUCUGCUUUCCAGCUCUGGUCUGUGUGCAGCACACUCUAGAGCAACUAACGUCAUGCUAAAGCAGAGUUUCCUCCGUGUUUAUGGUGCUGCUUUAAGAUGUUUUUCCUUUAAAACUGUCAAUUCUUGGAGAAUGAAACUGUUAAACCUUUCAUUGUGGAGGAUUUUCCUCACCAGGUAGAAAUGGGCAAGGGAUCAAAGUCCGAUCCUAAGCGAUUGCAUUUUUGAUGUCAUGUGUCUCUUCUUAGAUGUUUUGUCUCAGUCAUGUCCAGCACAUACUUUGGACUCCUUUACAAAUGACCAUCCCUCCCUUCUCAGUAGGUGCCCUCAGUGUUUUUUAGCCAUUUAAAGCUGAUUUGACAAGUGGCUACAAACCUAGUCUAAAACUUGUAUUCACUAUAUAGUUAGUAAUAGAAAUAGCAACUACUGUUAAUGCUCAGUUCACUGCUCUUAAGAUCACAUUGCUAUGCCAGGAGGCAGCAGCAUGCACCAUUGGACUCUGCACAGGCACCUCACACAACCGCAGUGAUGCAGCUGUCACAGUAGUCCUGCCUGUGAGAGGCUGGGCUGUGGGGAGCACUCCUCUCCAGGCAUUCAAGAUUACAUAGCCUAGCCCAUGUCCCAUUCUGGCUGGAGAGCACCCAGCCCUUUCCUUGCUCAGUGACACCUUUUUCUGGGCAAGAAGCUAUGAAGUCACUUUGUUAUCGGUAAGUGCUUCAAAUAAAGUCACAGAUAUAGCUGCUGAAGAGAGAAGAUUGAUCUCUACUGAUUUAAUUCUCUAAUAUAAAAGCAAUUCAGAGUAAUGUGUGCACGCGUCUACAGUUGCUGUUUUUCUGGGAAGCUCUUGCACUAGAGAUUUAUAGGCAUCUGGGUUGCACUUUGAAUGACACACUUGUGGCUUUAGAGUAGCUCUUGUUCUUUUGUUUUAAAAUUGUUCUUCAUUUCUUUUCAUUAAAGGUUUAAUCAGCUAGAUUAGAAAGCACCAUUUGUAUUUAACAGCUGAAACUUUGGUACGUUGCCAUUUAAUGAAUGAGCUUGCAUUGUGUAGCCAGGGCCUAUACAAAAGCUUUUGUCAGGAAUACAAGCACUGCCUGGGGCUGGUGCUCAGAGGAGUUUUUAGUGCAACAGUAAUAGCUCCAUUGGGUGAUGCCUAGCUCAGUUGAGAAGGGGGAUGCUGUACACUCUUCUAGGUAUGAGGGUAUGCGACUUUGGAUCUUAAAAUUAUGUACACAUACACACUUUAUAUAUAUAUAUGUAUGUAUGUAUGAAAACAUGGAAUUAGUUUGUCAAAAAUGUGUGUGUUUAGUAUUUUAGCUUAGUGCAACUAUUUCCACAUUAUUUAUUAAAUUGAUCUAAGACACUUUGUUCUUGGCACCUUGAAUAUUAACAUUCAAGGAUGCGAUGUGUAUUCCUUUAGAUUGUUAAAGCUUAAUUACUAUGAUUUGUAGUAAAUUAACUUUUGAAAUAUAUUUGAGCCCUUCUGUAGUAUAAUAGGGCUCUUACAGGGUGGGAAAGAUUUUAAUUUUCCAAUAGCUAAUUGAACAAAAUGGCUUCAUUGUAUAUUUUGAUUUAUAGGAGUCUGUAGGUGUCUGGAUCCCAAGGACAUCUACUAAGGAUGACUGUUUUAGGCGGGUGUAAUGGUGUUUAGACUUUACCUAAGUGACUUGGAAAGCCAGAGCACCUUGUUCAAAUCCAGACUCCUGUAACUCAUGUUCCUCUAGGAUAUGGAACACAAUCCCAUCCAGCUUCACAUUUCAGUUAGAAAGGCAGACUUCUUUUCCAGUGAUAUUGUACACCUAGUGUUGCUAUGAGUAAAAUCAGUAGAAAAAAUACUGAUGAAGGUCUGGGAAAAUACACUGACUUGGCCAGCUGUCACAUUUGUAAAUGUACCUUUCCCAUGCCUUCCAGUGGAGGCAUUCAGCUGCAACUUUUCAGACCCUAAAACCAAGCCAGCAAGUAACACAUUCUUAAGGUUAGAGAAGGCCAGGAGUGCUGGUGCAUCCCCUGAGGCAAAGGUCAUCCUUUGCUAGAUAGAGAGCUGGAGAUCCCGAGACCCACUCCAAAAAUUAGAGACAUUUAAAAGUUCCUUGGUGAACCAGUGUAGUAGUGCUAGCUUUAAUUCUAGCUAGUCUGAGACCAGCAUGCACUACACAGAGAGAGCCUGGGAGAAAAGAAAGUGGAGUAAGAGGAUGCUGAUCUGCAGAACUCCUGUUUACAAGAACCCCAUGGUUAAUUAAAAAGAACUUGCUGUUUCCAGAGCCAAGGGAUAGAAAAGAAGCUACACUUCUCUUGUAAAUGGUAUUUAGAACAAGGUGUUCAGGUGAAGUCUCAACUAGUCAGAGGUUUCAGCAGCUUAAAUUGCUAAUAUUUAAGAAGUUGAUUUUCAGGAAUGUCUGCAUGCGCCUCUCUCCUUGCUGCCAUUGAUCAGCUCAGCAGAAGUCAUCCUUCUUAAACAUGGAGAAAGCUCUCAGAUGAGCUUGGACAAGCUCCCACCCAGAAAUCCUAAUACUUGGUUUUGACUGUGCUGCUUCUGUGUUAGGUUUCUUCUCAGCUUUUAGCCACUGGGGUUUUCUGCCUGUUCUGUACCUCCCUGGAAGAUGUCAAUUUGGAAGUGCUGCCUUUCAAACCAAUGCCACGGUGUCCAGACAGUUGAGCUUGUUGCUGAUUCAGAGGUGUCCCCAUUAUGCUCACACCUGGCACAUUACUGACAUGAGCAAUCGACAGUACGUAGGUGAGGGUAGGGGUGGGGCUAGCCAACAGCGCUGGCUCAAUUGCCAGGGCCUGCAAAGGCCUCACUUGAGGGCCAGACACUAGGUUGGUAAGCACAGUUAGGGAAAUUUCUACCUAGCCUCCGUUUUGAAUGAUUCUGAGAAAUUUUAUAUAUGGAGGAUGGAAAUGCUUAUAUAUUUAUUGAAGAUCUUUUUAUUUGAAAUUAAAAUCAUUUGGUAAAUAACAGUUUAAUAUUUGGGGAGGGUUUUGGAGAGGAAGUAACAUGGUUGAUAAAGUACAGGCCUGGUGACUCUUCUGAAAGGCGCUGUUGCUCAUAGGAGAGAGGCCUUUAUCUUGGACAUGAUCCAAUCUUUGUCUUAUGUUUCUUUUAUCCAAAAUAUCUAGACAUCUGACACUUUCAACCAAAAUUUCAAUUAUAUACUGUGAUUUUUAUUUGUUGCAAUAUGUUAAAUUUCAGAGGUACUUUGGGGCUCAAAAGCUAGGAUUUCUAAGUCAGUAUGUGCAUUUCACAUAAUAAGCUGUUAAUGGUGAGCAAAGUAUUAUAUACUAACUAGAUUUUCCACAUCUGUAUAGUAUAUUAUAUGUAUUUUGUGGUAUUGAGAUUAUAGAAAGUUUAGAGUGUCAAACAUGCGUUUAAUGUGUAUUUUUAAACAAAUUUAUGGCAAUUAAAAUAUUUGGAGACAAGGGUAUCACAUUUCAAUUUGUAAAACUCUUUUUAACUCUACUGUGUCAUUACAAUGCUUUGUAUAAUGCCAAACCAUAGCUGGAGAAACUAAGUUUAAUAAAUAUCAGCUAGCUUUUCUGUAUAACGUU